GUAGAACGCUGUCUCCUCUGUGCGCUCCCAUUCAAUCUCUGUAGUCAGCAGAACGAGUGACGGCGCAGAGCAGCGCAGCAUCCACGACCACAGCAUCCUGUAUGAUGACUCCGAGGUGGAAGCAAAGGAGGGACAUGUUGAGGAGAACCUGAGAACCUAAAAGACUCUUCAGUGAAGAGCAGGAAAGUGUGACACUGGGAGGAGUAAGAGUGGGAGAUGAGAGGGACCGAGGCAUCGCUGCUGUCUGUCUGAGGAGCACUGCAGCAGCACUAAAUCUGGGGCUGUCAGACCAACCCUCAGCAGAGCGAUAAGGGAGAAGAGGCCAUUUAAAGCGCUGAUCUCAUCACUCUGUAAAGCAGCAAUGGGAUCCCCAAGAGCUGCUCUAACUUCACACAGAAAAAAAGUGGAUCUCAAGUGUGGACUUUGCUCUUCAGAGGAGUGAAAAGAAGACCAAGUUUUAGAGUCUCAUAGAGGAUCUGCGUGUGCUGCACUGCGUCCGAGGCCAGCAACCUGUGCUGUCAUUUUCCCAGGUCCUCCCUCACAGCUGUCUCCUUGUUGGUGAAUGUCUUCUCUGCACGCUUCUCCACUGCUCGGCAGUUGAACACACUCAUGGUCGAUGCCAAGGGAAGGAACAUGAAAUGUCUGACUUUCUUCUUAAUGCUACCUGAGUCAGUCAAAAGCAAGUCAAGCAAAAGCUCCAAGAAGGGGAAUGCCAGCAGCAGCUCCAAGCUGCCCCCAGUUUGUUAUGAGAUUAUCACUCUGAGGAGCAAGAAGAAGAAGAAGAUGGCAGCGGACAUAUUUCCCACCAAAAAGCCGGCACCUGCCACUACUGUGCAACAGUACCAGCAGCAGAACCUCAACAACAACAACACAAUACACAACUGUAACUGGCAAGGACUCUACUCCACUAUCAGAGAAAGAAAUUCAGUCAUGUUCAACAAUGAGCUGAUGGCAGAUGUUCAUUUUGUUGUGGGUCAGCCCGGAAGGACCAAACGCCUGCCAGGACACAGAUACGUCUUGGCGGUGGGCAGUUCCGUGUUUCACGCCAUGUUCUACGGAGAACUGGCCGAAAAUGACGAUGAGAUCCAUAUUCCAGAUGUGGAACCACCAGCCUUUCUGGCAAUGUUAAAGUACAUCUACUGUGAUGAGAUUGACCUGAGCGCUGACACAGUGCUAGCCACUCUAUACGCUGCCAAAAAGUACAUUGUCCCCCACCUGGCACGAGCCUGCGUAAACUUCCUGGAGACCAGCCUGAGCGCCAAGAACGCCUGCGUCCUCCUCUCCCAGAGCUGCUUGUUCGAGGAGCCCGAGCUGACUCAGCGUUGCUGGGAAGUGAUCGACGCCCAGGCCGAGCUGGCGCUACGCUCUGAGGGGUUCUGCGACAUCGACUCCCAGACCUUGGAGAGCAUCCUCCAGCGAGAGACACUCAACGCUAAAGAGAUUGUUGUCUUCGAGGCGGCGCUCAGCUGGGCUGAAGCUGAGUGUCAGAGACAGGAGCUCACCAUGUCCACUGACAACAAGCGUAAGGUUUUGGGCAAGGCCAUGUACCUGAUACGCAUCCCCACCAUGGCGCUGGAUGACUUCGCUAAUGGAGCAGCCCAGUCAGGCGUGCUGACGCUUAACGAGACCAAUGACAUCUUCCUUUGGUACACGGCCGCCAAGAAGCCUGAACUUCAGUUUGCCAGCCAGCAAAGGAAAGGUCUAACACCCCAACGCUGCCACCGGUUCCAGUCCUGCGCUUACCGGAGCAAUCAGUGGCGCUAUCGAGGCCGAUGUGACAGCAUACAGUUUGCCGUGGACAAACGGGUUUUUAUCGCUGGGUUCGGACUCUACGGCUCCAGCUGUGGAUCGACAGAAUACAGUGCAAAAAUAGAACUCAAACGUCAAGGAGUACUCAUGGGACAGAACCUAAGCAAGUACUUCUCGGAUGGAUCCAGCAACACUUUCCCCGUAUGGUUUGAGUACCCGGUUCAGAUCGAACCCGACACCUUCUAUACCGCUAGCGUGGUUCUGGAUGGCAAUGAGCUGAGCUACUUUGGACAGGAAGGAAUGACAGAGGUGCAGUGCGGGAAGGUGACAUUUCAAUUUCAGUGCUCGUCAGACAGCACGAAUGGCACAGGGGUGCAAGGAGGUCAGAUUCCUGAGCUUAUCUUCUACGCCUGACAACUUGAACACUUUGAGAAAAAAAAAAAAAACACUUUGUGUAGCGUAGCUGAGUAUUUAUUUUCACCACUAUUGUUAUAAAGUGUUUUACUUAUUUGUGUUUAAUUUCAGCACUUGAUGAUGGUCAGAUGUACGUAUAUCUCAGAUGGUGGCGUGUAUAAUAAUGCAGAUGGAAAAAUGAUUAUAAAUAUAUAUUGCACUAGAUGUGCAUGUACAUAUGAAUAUAUGUAAAUUGUUAAAUGUAUAUGAUGACACACACAUGGCUGAGGCUGGCCACAGACAUAACUUCUAUGAUAAAUAGCUCCACUUAUUAAUACAGUAUUUCUAAGUUUGCAUAGAAUGCACAUACAGCAUAUAUACAGGUAGCAGCGAUAGAUCACGGUCUGUAUUCUCUAAAGGGUGUUUCAUACGAUGAUUCAGUCUGUCGUCAGCGUUGUAAUGGAGGGGAAUAUAAAUACACGCAUUUAUAGUCAAACGCACUGUGUUUAACGCUCAUCAACCAUUUGUAUUUGAGUGGUUGUGCUGCUUUUUGGUACUUUGAGGCCACUAAUUAUGCUGGGUCUUAGAUUAGGGAGUACUACGAGACACUUAUUUCUCUCUGUAGCAUGUUACUCUGCACUUACAAUCACCCCACUUAGUAUAACUCCAUCACUUUUAUGCGCACAUAAAAAAAAAAAGAAUGAAUAUUUAAAAGUAAAUCUUCUUUCACCUUUGGAGGUCUAUCGCCUGUUUGGGUUUUUUUUUUUUUUCUGACUGCAUUGCAUUAUUUACAUCACAGGCAGAAGAGUUAAAUUUCAUCUAAUGAGCACUCUUAAUUGUUCUAGCACCUUGGGGUUGUUUCACAGGACAAGAUCAAUGAUGACGUGUUAGGAGUUACUCUUACUCUCUUUGUUGAAAAGAAGCUACCCACCCGGAUGAAUAUUAUGUUUACUGAGCGUUGCAGAAUUGCACUGUUGUUGCUUUCUAAAUCAGAAGUGGUACUUUGUUUUAUCUGUUCUUCUUUUUAAAGAUGAAAACGUAAAUCUAGUAAAAAAAGAUACGCAUUCAUGGGUCGGUGUGAUGAAGACAAUGGAUGGUGUUCAAGUCUUGUGUUACAUGCUGGGAGACCAUCAAAUGUGUUUGGUUGUUGAUGAUGCAAAUAAACAAAAACAAGAGUUA